AUGUCUGCCCCAGUGCCAGACACGGUCUGGACAUCGGGCGACGCCAAUAACCCGCCCCCGGCUGCCGACACUGCACAACAUGGAUCAGUGGCCACCGAGCCUUUGGAAAGAGUCGGAACAGCAAAAGAAUUGAACGACGAGAAAGUACUGGACCCGGAAUAUGUGCAACAAAAGAACGCAGAGAAACAUGAUCGCUCUCCACUUGAUCGCCAUCAAAGCGACUGGACAUCGUCCUCGGGUAGCGACACGCCGGACGACAAGAGUCAGAGAAGCAUAGAAACCGAAAAGCAGACAUGGGGCGAGAAGAUCAACCCACUCAAGAGGAAACACAAGCCGCCGAUACCAGCCGAACAGGGAGAAUCGAGAGAAUACAAAGCCAACUUCUUCAGUCACCUUACCUUCCAAUGGAUGGCUCCCAUAAUGAGCGUUGGAUACCAACGACCACUCGAGCUCAAUGAUCUUUGGAAAGUCAACCCCGAUCGCAGUGUAGACGUCUUGUCUGCGAGACUGAAGGCCGCUUUCAAGAAGAGAGUCGACAACGGAACCGAAAAUCCUCUGAAAUGGGCCCUUUACGAUACCUUCAGAAACGAGUUUCUUUUGGGAGGAUUGUGUGAAUUGAUUGCCGCCGUCGUCCAAGUUUUGGCUCCUUUCGUUCUCCGUUAUCUGAUCCAGUUCUCUACCGCCGUCUGGGUGGCUGAGAGAGCAGGGACACCCAGACCUGAUAUUGGCCAUGGUAUUGGUUUGGUCAUUGGAGUCACUGUUUUGCAAAUCAUUCAGAGUGUCUGUACAAACCACUUCUUGUACCGAGGUAUGACGGUUGGUGGCCAAGCUCGAGCCGUCACUAUCGCUCUGAUCUUCGAAAAGGCCAUGAGACUUUCCGGAAGAGCAAGAGCCGGAGGCAAAUCAAACACAGAGCCUGUUGGUCUGCCCNCCGGUAUUGCACCCGGUAGUAAGGAAGAGAAGAAAUGGCUGAAAGCAAAGCUCAAGAAGGAAAAGUCAAGCCCAAAAGACAAAAAGGGUGUUUCUGGCAGUGGAGAAGGCUGGUCAAACGGCAGAAUUGUCAAUCUAAUGUCCACUGACACCUAUCGCAUCGAUCAAGCUUCUGGCAUGUUUCACAUGAUCUGGGCUUCACCAAUCUCUAUCGUCUUGACGCUCGUCUUACUUCUCAUCAACAUCACCUACAGUGCAUUGGCUGGAUUUGCUCUCCUUAUUGUCGCUAUGCCCCUACUUGGACGAUCGAUCAAAAGCUUGUUCGUUCGCAGAAAGGCCAUCAACAAAGUCACUGACCAGAGAGUCGGACUUACCCAGGAAAUUCUAGCUGGUGUCAGAUUCGUCAAAUACUUUGGUUGGGAGAGCAGUUUCCUUGAUCGUCUGAAGGAGAUUCGACGUAGAGAGAUUGGCAAGAUCCAGUUCCUGUUGAACAUCCGUAACGGUAUCAUGGCUGUUUCUAUGUCUAUGCCUGUGUUCGCUUCUAUGCUGGCCUUCAUUACCUACAGCCUUACAGACCACGGCCUUCAGGCAGGAAAGAUUUUCUCAUCUUUGGCGCUUUUCAACGGUCUCAGACUGCCACUCAACUUGUUGCCACUUGUGAUUGGCCAAACUGUCGAUGCUACUGCAUCUAUUCGCAGAAUCGAAGAGUUCUUGCUGGCCGAAGAGGCACUGGAUGAAGCAGCAUGGGAUUACGAAGGCAAAAAUGCGAUUGUCAUGAAGAACGCUAAUUUCACUUGGGAAAGAACUCCAACUCAGGAGAAAGAAAAGAAAACAGUAGGAGCUCCUGGUUCUAAAGAAGCCAAGGCUGCCCGGAAAGCCGACAAGAAAGCCGAUCAAAAGGCCGACAAACAGGCGAAGAAGGAUGCGAAGAAGGCUACCAAGGAGGCGCUGAAGAAUGCUGACAAGGGCGUUGGCCUCGAAGCUUCUGACAGCAGCACUACUUUGGCAGAAGACAGCGAGCAUCCGUUUGAGAUCAAGGGCCUUAACAUUUCAAUUGCGCGUGACGAACUUGUCGCAGUCAUCGGAAGUGUUGGUUCCGGUAAGACUUCCAUUCUGGCUGCUCUUGGAGGAGAAAUGCGCAGGACUUCGGGUGAGGUUACCUUUGGAGCUUCACGAUCGUACUGUCCUCAGUAUGCCUGGAUUCAGAAUGCCACCGUCAAGGAGAAUAUUACUUUCGGAAAACCCUUCGAUCAGGAUUGGUAUGACGCCGUGGUAGAUGCAUGCGCUCUCCGACCCGAUCUCGACAUGCUUCCUAACGGUGACCUUACCGAGAUUGGCGAGCGAGGUAUCACUGUAUCUGGUGGUCAGAAGCAACGUCUGAACAUUGCUAGAGCCAUUUAUUUCAACGCCGACAUUGUCCUGAUGGAUGACCCGCUUUCAGCUGUCGAUGCUCACGUCGGACGACACAUCAUGGACAACGCCAUCUGUGGUCUUCUUAGAAACAAGGCUCGUGUGCUUGCAACUCAUCAGCUUCACGUGCUACAUCGCUGCGAUCGCAUCAUCUGGGUACAAGACGGCACUGCGUACAAGAUUGACACAUUCGACAACCUCAUGGCGACCGAUGCAGACUUCCAAAAACUUAUGGCUACCACUGCCAAAGAGGAGAAGAAGGAGGAAGAAGACGAAGAGGUCGACGGUGAUGAAGUCGAGGAAAAGAAGAAGGACGUCCAAAAGGAGAGUGGUGGCAAGAAGCCAGCCGCAGCACUCAUGCAAACCGAAGAGCGUGCCGUGAAGAGUGUCUCUUUCGGCAUCUACAAGGCUUACAUCAAGGCUUCCGGUUCUCUUGCUGUUGCUCCCCUGAUUCUUCUGACCCUUAUCUUGUCUCAAGGUGCCAACAUUUCAACCAGCUUGUGGCUGUCGUGGUGGACUUCGAACAAGUUUGGCUACGACAGAGGAACAUACAUCGGAGUCUACGCCGGACUCGGAGUUUCGCAGGCUGUGCUUAUGUUUACCUUCUCCAGCACUCUGACCAUCUGUGGUACUCGAGCCAGUGCUACCCUGCUUCACAAUGCAGUCACCCGAGUUCUCCGCGCACCAAUGUCUUUCUUCGAUACCACACCGCUUGGACGUAUUACCAACCGCUUCUCUAAGGAUGUCGAUACUAUGGACAACGCUUUGACCGAUGCAUUCCGUAUGUUCUUCAUGACGCUCGCACAGAUCAUUGCUGUCUUCAUCCUGAUCAUCGCCUAUUACUAUUACUUCGCUGCCGCUUUAGGUCCACUGUUCAUCAUGUUCUUGUUCGCUGCAAGCUACUAUCGCUCUUCGGCACGCGAGAUCAAGCGUCACGAAGCCGUUCUUCGUAGCAGCGUCUUCUCUCGCUUCAGCGAAGCAGUGUCUGGUGUUGCUACCAUCCGUGCCUACGGACUGCAAGACCAGUUCUCAAGAUCGGUCCGUGAUGCGAUCGACAACAUGAACUCUGCUUACUAUCUCACCUUCUCAAACCAACGCUGGUUGUCUGUUCGCCUUGACGCCAUCGGUACCCUUCUUGUGUUUGUCACUGGUAUUCUGGUGGUCACAGCCAGUUUCUCGGUCAACCCCAGCAGUGGUGGUUUGGUUCUGUCGUACAUCCUCUCAGUCGUGCAGAUGAUUCAGUUCACUGUCCGCCAGCUUGCUGAAGUCGAGAACAACAUGAACUCUACUGAGCGCAUCUAUUACUACGGCAACAAUCUCGAAGAGGAAGCUCCUCUACAUACUGUUGAUGUUCGCCCCUCAUGGCCUGAGAAGGGUGAGAUUGUCUUUGACAACGUUCAAAUGCGUUACCGUGAAGGACUUCCUCUUGUCCUCAAGGGCCUCAACAUGCACGUCAACGCAGGUGAGCGCAUUGGUGUUGUUGGCCGUACAGGUGCAGGAAAGUCGACAAUCAUGUCCACCCUGUUCCGUCUUGUGGAACUCAGUGGCGGAAGCAUCACCGUCGACGGUCUUGACAUCGCCAAAAUCGGUCUCAAAGAUUUGCGAUCACGCCUUUCCAUCAUUCCACAGGACCCUACUCUGUUCAAGGGCACUAUCCGCAGUAAUCUCGAUCCUUUCAACGAGCAUACAGACAUGGCACUUUGGGGUGCACUCCGUCAGGCCGAUCUUGUCGGUGAGGAGCAAGACAUCGCUGAUUCGUCCUCGCGUAUUCAUCUCGAUGCUCCUGUAGAGGAAGAGGGUUUGAACUUCUCCNUUGGUCAGCGCCAGCUUAUGGCUCUCGCCCGUGCUCUUGUACGUGGUAGCCGCAUUAUCGUUUGCGAUGAAGCAACCUCAUCGGUCGACUUCGACACCGACCAGAAGAUUCAGCGCACGAUUGUCAAGGGAUUCCAGGGCAAAACUCUUUUGUGCAUUGCCCAUCGUCUGAAGACCAUUAUCGGUUACGACCGUAUCUGUGUCAUGGACAAGGGACAAAUCGCCGAGCUCGACCGCCCCAUUACUCUCUAUGACCAGGGAGGCAUCUUCCGCAGCAUGUGUGAUCGCAGUGGUAUCCGCAGGGAGGACUUUUUCGCCAGCCCUGAAGCCAACUUUUCCGAGUGA